UCGACCUAAAACCGCGCGCCCUCUUGGCUAUCUGAAACACACGACAAAUGUCUUCCUUUGGCACUUUUAACGGACUUAUUGUAAGCUCAUUUUAAGUGAAAGUCACUUUGAACAAUGGAAGAAACUUUCAAAAGUCCUCGACCGAUACCUAAUAUCGCCACGGAGGCCACUUUUAGCCACCGAAAACCAAAGAAACCCGAUCACAGAAACUUGGUUGAAGAAGAUUGUUUACCUCCCAGAGCUCCAGUGAAAUCAGCUCCACCAAUAAGUAGAGUUUUUAAGCAUACAAGACGGAACUCGGUGGGAGCAUUCCAAGUCAGUUUUCGAGAUAAUGGUAGCGAAAUUAAAAGCCCCCACUACAAUGCGAAAUCGCGAGAUCUCUAUUUCGAACAGUGUUUUAAAGUUAUCAGCAGACUUGGGGCAGGUUCAUUUGGAGAGGUGUUUAAAGUAAGAAGUAAAGAAGAUGGAUGCCUUUAUGCAAUUAAAAAAUCAAGGGAUAAGUUCCGUGGUGAUGCUGACAGAAAAUAUAAACUUGAAGAGGUCAACAAGCAUGAGCUGGUAAAGGGUCAUAGAAACUGUGUUAAAUUUGUCAAGGCAUGGGAAGAAAGGAAUCAUCUUUACAUACAAACAGAGUUGUGUGAAAUGAGCCUCAAAGACUUCUUGGAGAAAAAUGAUUCAACCAGUGAAUCAAUGGUGUGGGAAUUUCUGUCUGAUUUGUCUUUGGGCUUGAAACAUCUUCAUGAUAAUGGUUUAAUUCAUAUGGACAUCAAACCAGCUAACAUCUUUAUUGGUCUGGAUGGGUUGUGUAAAAUAGGGGAUUUUGGUUUGGUGUUGGAAUCAUCAAAAUGCGACACCACCCAAGCCUUGGAAGGUGAUCCAAAAUACCUUGCCCCAGAGCUAAUGCAAGGUCGUUUCACAAAAAGUGCUGACAUUUUUAGUUUAGGCAUAACUCUUCUGGAGUUGGCCAGUGAUCUUGAAUUACCUAAAGGUGGACAAGCAUGGCAUGAACUUAGAAAUGGGAAACUUCCCAACAUAUUUACGCAAGGUAUAUCCCUAGAGCUUAGACGACUUAUAUCGUGGAUGAUGAAUCCUUCGCCGCAACAAAGACCAAAUGUAGAUGAGAUUUUAGCUGAGCCAGCUGUAUGCCAGGCACUGAAAAGGAGACAAAGAGUUUAUCUGUACAGCUGGAUGAAGGAAUCAAUGUCUGUCAUGUAUUCCUUUCUUUGCUCCACUUUGUUGUGGAUAUGGAUGGUGUUACUUUGGCCUUUCCACUCAUUUACAAACUCAUGGGUAUGGACCAAAUCCUCUGCAAAAGCAGAUGUGUCUUACCAUGAGGACUUAAGUUUUUCAUCUGACGAAUCCUGCAAUAAUUCUAUUUUUGAGAGUGGUAGUAGCACUCCCAACUGUAGCAUGUCAUUUGAGGAGAUGCUCACACAUUCCAUUCCAAAGCCUCCCUGGCACGGUGAUGGUUAUUGUAGUUCGCCUGUUCACUUAACUCCUUCAAGCCAUUUUGAGCAGACAAAUAUAUCUCCUCAAAUGCAUUCUGAUAAAGAAAGGAUUACUCUACCAUUCCAUGCAAGUAGCCCUGAGCACGAGAGGUAUACUCCUCCUUCAGAGAGAAGGCGAGGGCCUCUGUUUCACGAGGAAGGAUUCGUGACCAAAAAUGUAGUUGAGCCCAGAAACCUAUUGGAGGUAUUCGAGGAUGCAGCUAACAGUCCUGACUGGUAGUAAGUUUGUGAAAAAGAGUAUUUCUACACAAAGCAAAGAAGUUUCAACCAUCGUCUAUCAAUGGAGCAUCUGGUUAGAUUAUACUUGGAUGAACAGUAUAGAACAAUAAGAAAGCAAAUGCCUAAAAUGAUUGCACAUUGCUAGAAGAAAGGUCCACGAUCAGAUUUCCAACUAAUAUAAUUAUUGUUUCUAGAUAAUUUAUAUGUUCCUAUUACACUUAAACAAAUGGUUGUUCUUACGGUGUACCGCCGCCUAAUGACAUAAUUAUGUUUCCAAGGGACGUGACAAUGUAUGUCUUAACGAGAAUGAAAAAUGAUCAAGCUAAUAAGCUUUAUCAAGUUGCUGAAUUUUAAAAUCAGUCUUUUAAUGUGACUCCACUGUUUACCUGGGAGUUUCCUGUGAUUUUAUGUCAAGAUAUGUUAUUUAGGGUUUCUUUAGUGCAGAUUAAGCUUUACAUAGUAAAUCAUUCUAUACAAAGUAAAACGCUCCACAAACGCCCAUUUUACCACUGUUUGCGUGGCUCCUAGACCCUUCAAACGAGGCACAUUUUUCGUAUCAGAAGCGAAAAUAGCAACAUGAGUUUUUUUUUUAACCUCAGUGUUUAAAAAACGUUGACAUCGUCAAUAUUUGUAAAUGUAAAUAAAUUCCUUACUUGUGAUUGUCUUUCACAAAUAGUGAUGAUAACAUUUCCUGAGAUAUCUGUAUGCAUAUAAUUUUAGUACCGUGGAUCGGCUGCGCCUCGGGUGCCACCUUUUUGUUCUUGCCUCAUUUUGACGUCAUCUGUGAUAUCUAUUAUUGAUGAUUAUGGGACUGACUAGAGUCUAAUUCCGUCUGUAAUCAUACUAGUGAUGACAAAAUUGGACGACCGCGCAGAGGGAGUCUGAUUUGCUAAUUACGAAUAUGAUUAAUAAUGGUAAUAGGACUUCGUGUCGUCCAAUUCUGUCUGUAAUCGUACGAUCGAUUAAGCGCGAAGCGGGGGUCCGAUUUGUUAAUCAGUCGUAUGAUUACAGACAGAAUUGGAAGACACGAAGUCGUGUUACUGAUUAUAAAGUUCGGAUAUAACACACGCUGUUAAUGAUUGAAAGAGAGUGUUCCUUUUGAGUACAAAAUACGGAGAUAAACUUAAGCUGUCACGCCAUCCUCCAAUUUGGCCAUUGUUCGGACUCAGAACCAAACGAAAGUUUUUAAACAUGCCAAGCGCAUGAACAGAGACGAAAAUCCACACAGAGAAAUUGUGCUCAGUUAGAUUGUAAUGUUGCGUAUGGUAGUAAAACUCAAUUAGAUUCUGUGGUAAUACUGACAAAAUUCAGGCGAAAGUGUCAAAUUCGACCCGCUGAACUAUUUCGCAGAUUGUGAAAGUAAGUUAUGCGUGGAAAUUUGACAGAUUCUUUAUUUUAAAACAAAUGCAGAAGCCUUGACUUAAAAAAGUGGAGAGAAACACUCGACUACGUCUCGUGUUUUCCCUAACACUUCUUUCGUGCUCUAGCCACUUCUUGCACAGUCAAGGCUUCUUUAUUUGUUCAUUUAGUUACAAUUAAUCGAAACUGACAAAAUUUGGGAAAGAAACUAGACGUCGGUUAUACGUUUUCUCAAAAAUCAACAGUCAGCUGUCCUAUUACCUUGUCCAAUUACAAGCACAACGCGUACACUUGCCCACUCCUAUCGGGUCACGUUUGAGAAUUUUGUUAUGGAUUUGAUAAGUAUCGAACAACCGUACGGCAACAUGGAAUCCAUUUGUUAAAUUUAGCCAAUAUUUGUGUACUAUGAUAGACUUGUAGUGCGAUUUGUUGUCAACAGGGUUCGUACACGUCUUGAAAACCCUUGAAAACCCUUGAAUUUCAGGAGGCCGAUUUCAAGGCCUUGAAAGUACUUGA